UCAGCGGGAGGAACUGGCUGCCACACCGCGCGGGGACGGUCGCAUCGCUGGGCUGGGCUGGGCUGGGCUGGGCUGGCUGCAAUGGCCCCCUGGCUGCCCACCAAGAAGGAGAAGUAUGGAGUUGCUUUGUGGAACUUUUCGGGCACGAACGAGCAUCACCUGCCGCUGCAGAUCGGGGAUACCGUGCACAUCCUACAGGCCUCGGAGGGCUGGUACAGAGGGUACUCGCUCAGGAACAGAGCCACCUGGGGCAUAUUCCCUGUCACACUGAUCCACCUGAAGGGUGCCCAUGUGGAGCAGAAGGGGGCGGAGGAGAACAUUGUGCCGGCGGAGAUGCCGAUGGUGCAGGAGAUCACCACCACGCUGCGGGAAUGGGCCACCAUCUGGAAGCAGCUCUACGUGAUGGGGCAGAAGGAGCGAUACGGGCAGGUCAGGAGGAUGAUGUGUGAGCUGAUGGAGAGGCGCUCGCAGCUGCUCUCUGGGACACUCCCCAAGGAUGAGCUCCUGGAGCUCAAGAAGGAGGUGACCAGCAAGAUCGACUACGGGAACAAGAUCCUGGAGCUAGACCUGGUUGUGCGUGACAAGAACGGGAACAUCCUGGACCCCGACAGAACCAGCAUCAUCAGCCUCUUCCAGGCUCACAAACAGGCCACAAGCAUGAUCAGUGAGCGCAUCCAGGAAGAGAUGUGCUCCCAGCACACCGAGCUGGGCUGCAGUGCCCACCUGGCCUCGCCCUCCCACAACCUCUACCUCUGCGUCCGCAACUUCGUCUGCAAUAUCGGGGAGGAGGCCCAGCUCUUCACGGCGCUCUACGACCCCGGCCAGCAGAAGAUGAUCAGCGAGAACUAUCUGAUCCGCUGGGCCAGUACGGGGGUCCCCCAGGACAUCGAGUUGCUCAACAACCUGAAGGCCAUCUUCACGGACCUGGGCAGCAAGGACUUGAAACGAGAGAGGCUCUUCCUGGUGUGUCAGAUUGUGCGGGUGGGGCGCAUGGACCUGAAGGAGACCUACACGCGGAAACUGAGCACGGGCCUCAGACGGCCCUUUGGCGUCUCGGUGAUGGACAUUACAGAUAUCAUCAAGGGAAAAUGUGAGAGUGAUGAGGACAAGCAGUACUUCAUUCCUGUGCACCUGGUAGCUGCUGAGAAUGAUUUCCUUCACACCAUGAUAAGGAAAGCAGUGGAGGGGAAGGAAAUCAACCACAAAGGACAAGGGUUCUGGGUGUCUCUGAAAAUGCUGUGGGGAGACCUGAGUCAGGUGCGGAAAGAUCAUCCUCACUUGGUGGACCGCAGCACAGUUGUGGUCCGCAAGUUAGGCUUCCCAGAGAUUAUCAUGCCAGGGGACAUCAGGAACGACAUUUACCUCACAAUAGUGCAAGGCGAGUUUGACAAGGGGAACAAGAAGACGCAGAAGAAUGUGGAGGUGACAGUGUGUGUCUGUGAUGAGACUGGAAACAUGAUGCAGAAUGUGAUUUUCCCGGGUGCUGGUGACAAGCCUUCAAGUGAAUAUCGUUCUGUGGUCUAUUACCAGCAGCGGCAACAGCGGUGGAUGGAGACAAUGAAGAUUGCCGUUCCCAUUGAGGAUGUCCACAGCACCCAUCUGAGAUUCACCUUCAGGCACCGCUCUUCCAGUGACUCUAAGGACAAAAGUGAGAAAAUUUUCUCCAUGGCCUUUGUGAAGCUGAUGAGACCUGAUGGUACAACCCUGCAUGACGGUGAACAUGACCUCAUUCUAUAUAAGGGUGACAUCAGGAAAUUGGAGGAUGCCAGCUCUUACCUGAAUCUACCUUUUACGAGAAGUCUGUCAGAAACCAAGACCCUUUCUGGUUCGUCAUUCCGAGUGAGUGGUGGCACGGCUGGUAUGGGCAUAUGUUCCCGGGACAGCUUCCAAAUCUCCACCCUCGUGUGCUCCACCAAACUAACCCAGAAUGUUGACCUUCUGGGGCUGCUGAAGUGGCGGUCAAAGCCCAACCUCCUGGCUGGAAACCUCCAGAAGCUAAUGAAGGUGGAUGGAGGAGAAGUCAUCAAGUUCCUUCAGGACACCCUGGAUGCCUUGUUUUCAAUUAUGAUGGAGAAUUCAGCCACGGAUGUCUAUGAUACACUCAUCUUUGAUGCCCUAGUAAUGGAUAAAGGCAAGAUGAUCGCCAGGACGUCGCUGCAAAUGGCGUUAGACUUGGCAGACCGCAACGCGAGCGAUGUCCUCGGGAAGCUGAUCUCAGUGCUGACGCAGUAUGUGGACUCAGCCAGCCAAGAGGAGCCCUGUGAGUCGCUCUUACGCACCUUCAAAGCCCUGGAGUAUAUCUUCAAAUUCAUUGUCCGCUCCAGACACCUCUUUGCCCAACUCUACGAAGGGAGAGAAAAAGCAGAAUUCCAGGCUUCGUUGCAGCAAUUCUUCCUGUCUGUCAAUCAGCUGAUGAAAUCUACACUGGAGAGUACAACCCUGCUGUCCCAGGGAGCCGCUCUAAAGUACCUGCCUUCGAUCCUGGAAGACGUGUUUGGGAUCUUCGACUCCUCUAUGCUGGGGUGCUUGCUGCGGGAUUUCAUUGGGAACCUGCCCCCUCUGCGCCUGCUCAAGCAGAAGCUGCAGUCCCUGACGGACAUAGUCAACAGCAAGAUCUUCCAGUCCUAUGAGUGUCGAGAGAUGCUGCUGCAUACUACCAUCCCCAUCCUUCGGGAGCUGAUUGAGACGGGGGAGGAGGAGGAGGCUUGCAUUGAGCUGCUCAGCAAUAUCCUGGAGGUGCUGUACAAAGCCCAGAAGAGAGCAGAAGAGCAGCUGACACGUCGGAGUGGAGAAGAGAGACAGCACAGGGAGGACUCUGAGCUGAGGAAGGUGAAGGGGCACGUGCAGAUGAUUCUGGAGCAGCUGCUGCGCACCGUCAAUCGCAGGGUGAUUGUCCUCGACCAGGAGCACGACCUAAGAAGUCACUAUGUGGCCUGCAUGGCAGCCAUCCUGAACCAGAUGGACGAGGCCCAUUACAGCUCCUACAUCCAGGCCUUCUCAGCCCGGACCGACCUGAUGGACUUUCUCAUGGAGACCUUCAUCCUGUUCAAGGACCUGAUCGGCAAGACGGUGUAUCCCUCCGACUGGAUGGUGAUGAACAUGGUGCAGAACCGGGAGUUCCUCCGAGCCAUCAACCAGUUUGCUGACACCUUGACCCAGAUGUUCCUGAGCAGCAGCAGCUUGGAACUGCAGCUUUGGAACAAUUAUUUCCACCUGGCAGUUGCCUUCCUCACCCAGGAUUCCCUGCAGCUGGAGAACUUCUCUCAGGCGAAGCGCACCACCAUCCUUGCCAAGUACGGAGACAUGAGAGCCACCAUUGGAGCCUCCAUCCGGGACAUGUGGUACAACCUAGGCCAUCACAAGAUUCGGUUUAUCCCUGGCAUGGUGGGCCCCAUCCUGGAGAUGACGCUGGUGCCCGAGCUGGAGCUGCGCAAAUCCACCUUCGAGGACGAGAUCCUGCGCAAGCUGGACAGCGAAGUGGAGGGAGGCCGUGGGGACGAGCAGUACAAGCAGCUCUUCCAGAGCAUGCCUGAGGGGGGACCGGACAUGGCCCAUCUGGGGAAGGCAGAGAUACGUCCUGUCCCUCAGAACUUCUACAAGGAAAUCGACCGCCGGGCCAUGUACAUCAGGUACCUGUACAAGCUCAAGGAGCUGCACGUCAGCUACGAAAACUACACGGAGGCGGCCUACACCCUGCUGCUGCACGCGCGGCUCCUCAAGUGGUCAGACGAGCCGAACACGGCCCCCAUGCAGGGCUCCCACAGCCAGAGCCUGCACACCCAGCGCCAGCUGAAGGAGGCGCUCUACAACCAGAUCAUCCACUACUUCGACCAGGGCAAGAUGUGGGAGGAGGCGAUUCACAUCUGCAAGGAGCUGGCCGAGCAGUACGAGAGUGAGGUCUUUGAGUACGAAAUGCUGAGUGACAUCCUGAACAGGGUGUUCAUUUACCGAGGCAAGGAGUACGAGCGCCGGGAGGACUUUGAGAUGCGGCUGCUGACUCCCUUCCCCUACGCCGAGAAGCUGCAGACCACGUCCCCGCCGGAGCAGGACGUCACCGACUCACCGGGCCAGUAUAUCCAGUGCUUCACCGUGCAGCCCGUGGAGGAGGCCAGGGACCGAUUCAGGGGCAGGAACGUCCCUGAGCAGAUUGUCAAUUUCUAUAAAGCCAACAACGUCCAGCAGUUCAGCUACUCGCGGCCCUUCAGGAAAGGCCCGAAGGACCCUGACAACGAGUUUGCGACCAUGUGGAUUGAGAGAACGACCUACGUGACGGCCUAUCCGCUGCCUGGGAUCCUGCGCUGGUUCAUGGUCAUAGCCACCGCCAGGACCAUUAUCAGCCCCCUGGAAAAUGCCAUCGAGACCAUGAAGAAAACCAAUGAGAAAAUCCUGACUGAGAUCAACCGGCACCACAGCGAGCCCAGCCUGCCUGUCAACCCGCUCUCCAUGCUCCUCAAUGGCAUCGUGGACCCGGCCGUCAUGGGGGGCUUCGCCAAGUAUGAGACGGCGUUUUUCCAGGAGGCCUAUCUGACGGAGCACCCCGAGGACCAGGCCAGUAUUGAGAAGCUGCAGGAUCUGAUCGCCUGGCAGAUUCCGCUCUUGGCAGAGGGGAUCCGGAUCCACGGCAGGAAGGUGACUGAGGACCUCAGGCCCUUCCACGAGCGCAUGGAGCAGUGCUUCGUGCAGCUGCGAGCCAAGGUGGAGAGCCAGUAUGGCCUGCGGGAGCUGCCCUUCCUGGAGGAGAGGCGCGGAGGCCGCCCCCACUCCAAGCUGUGGGGCCCGGAGACGGAGCCACCCAGCCGCCCGCACCAAGACAGCACGGAGCCCCCUCCCUCCAGGAAGUCAGUGCCCUGUGCUCCUGAGCGUCCCCCUGAGGCUGAGGAGCGCAAGAGUGACCGCAAGGAGAAUCGCGGCAGCACCUUCUUUGGGUACCGGCGGCAGGAGCAGCGCCAGUCCGUCCUGGAGUCCCCGGAGCCCAAGGAGGAGAAGUGGAGACUCUCCCGGAACAUGACUGAGAGCUGCCUGGCAGGUGCCGAGGGAAAACAGCCACCCCCGGAGAGAGAUGCCAGCGCUGCAUCCCCUACUGCAACAGGGGCGUCAGGGUCCACCCGGGGCUUCACAGGACGGGUGAAGAGUGCCAGCAAGGCCCCCCCACUGCCCCGCAAAAUCAGCUCCAGCGUGUACGAGACCUUCAUGGAGCAGAACGCCGCACCCAACAGUGGGAAGCAGCUGACAGUGGAUGGAAGUAAAGGGCUGAAAUCACCGCCCCCGCCACCCCCCAAAUCCAAGCGCAUAUCCCCGACCUGAGCUGCCCCAGUGCCCAUGACCGGCCCCCUCGCUGUCCCGCUCAGGAGGGUGAUUUUGCUGAUGGAGGUGUUUGCUGGCUGCUUGGUCCGGCCCCCACCCCUUUGUGCCCUCUAUGCUCCUGCACCCGCCACCCCCUCCCCCUCCCCGGCUGAGCCCUGGGCCAGACUCAUUCGUCUUUCCUACAGCAGCCCGAGCAUCCCACCACCCCCUCACUCCAGUUCCCAUGUGCUUGGAGCGGCAGAAGCCCCAGCCUAGCUCAGCCUCCCUCUCACAGGAGGCACCAGCCUAGGUCAGGUCUAGGGCCGUCUGCCCCACUGAGGAUGGUGUAGGAAACAUGGCAGUCAGCAAAUCUGCCCCAGUGAAGGGCUGCUGCAGCCCCAGGAGUUAGAGGUCAGCUGCAUUCCUGAAGCAGGGCUCUCGGUCCUUCCCCAGCUCUCCUUUUCCUACGAACUAGUUGUGCUCUGGAUAUUCUCGUUCUAAGGCCCAGCUCCUAAGCCAUCCUGUGGCAGUGAGUUCCACAGGCAAAUGCUGCCUGGGGGAAAUAUUUCAGUUCUACGGCCUGUCCGUGUGCUGUGAGGCCGGGAGACCAGGGGCUCUGCUGCCCGGUUGCCGAGCAGUUAGUGUUUGAUAGACUCAGUCCACACACUCGGCAGGAACAAUCCCCAGCAGGUCAGCCCCUUGGUACAGGACGGUUUGCCAGGUCCUGACCCCCUAGGGCUGCGCUGUCCCUGGGCGGGGCUGGAGGUGGGUGGCCCCUGAGCACCCAUACACCCCCCCCCCCACUGGUCCCAGAGCAGCGCUGGAAUAGUCUCUGUAUCAGCCCCUCCCCAAGGCUGCGACCCCUGGAGCCAUGGUGCAGUGAGCUGCCUGCAGCACCGCUGGGGACCCUCUUCAGCAACCGCAGAUCAGUUCAGCCACGGCCACUGCCCAUCGCCUGGUCCCAGCCGGCCUCCCGCACUGCGGGCAGCGCCCAUGGACUGAGCCCCUCCCGUGUGGGGCAGGAGCCGGCCUGCUGCUGCUGCUCUCGCCCCCGCCUUCCCCACCGGGCUGCAGCAUGAUGGGCUUGUGCGUCCCCACCAUGGGCUCUGCGCCAGCUGAGCCGACCUAGGGCUGGGGCAGCCCCAGGCUUUGUGUUCUGCCCACCCCCAGCCGGCCAGGCCCCGCUGCUUUCCCAGCGCGUACCCACCGCACUGCUGGGGUUCAUGUGCCUGGGGCCAUGGGAUGCCUCCAGCUGCCUGCCAAUAAAGCGACUAAAUCCUCCA